UCACAUUGACUCACCUCGGCAUACGAACAGACCGUGUCAUACGUGAAAACUGUAACAUUACUCAUUUUUAUGCUAGUUACGUUCUUAUAAAGUACUUUUAAAUUAUAGCUUUCCAUCUCAGUUCUGUAUUUCUAUCGAUCUAAGAAGCUAUUUGUUAUAUGGGUGGCACAAGAGGGCUGAAGAUCGAGUGAGAUGGUGACAUGAAGCAUGCGCUGUUCGACUUGGUGGCGGGUCCUGUUGCUGGCCGCGGCUGCGUCCGCGCAGACUAUCCCUACCAUCUGCGAAGAGGAGGUCUGUCUAUGCGAUGCCUUCACGAAGGUCUUUUGCACUUGCACCGAGAGAAACCCGGACAUCGUUUUAAGGCCGGACGGCGCAUACAGAGUCCCUUCGACGGCUACGGCCAUCAUCAUCCAAGGAUGCCAGCGAGUGCAGUUCUUGCCAGACACUGUGCGCAAUUUGAUUCAACUUAGGAAUAUUGAAAUCACCAAUUCGCAGCAUGUAGUAAUAGACGACCGCGCAAUGGCGUGGUCGCCGUUCUCGAGGCAUGACGAGAUGACCCCAGGAAUAAGGAUCGUGAUCGAAAAUAGCACGAUUAACGAGAUCUCCGCGUACGCGAUCCAGGGAAGAGUCAACGACGUAAUCCUCAACCGCAAUCGGAUCGGCCACAUGGCGCCGUUUGCAUUCUCUAGUCUAAUAGCCGUUAAAAACAUCCAAUUGAUUGACAAUGUGUUCGAAAACAUCGAUAUGCAAGCGUUCAAGCAAUUCACUACGCUCAGUUUCCAACUCCGCGGUGGUGUCAUCGGUACCUUACCGAGUAGAUUCCUUUCCGAUGUGGAAGUGACUGAUUUAUUUUGGAUGGACGGUGUUAAAGUGGACAGUAUAAGUAGUAUGACGUUUCUUGUUAAUUCGCCAAAGAGAGUGAUAGUGGAGAGCAACACAAUAGGUACAAUGCAAAGUGACGGGUUUGUCGUUACUACCAGAGGCCCGGUUACUUUUAGGAACAAUACUGUGAAAAUAGUGAGAACUGGGGCGUUUCAUGGGUUUUCCUUACAGCGGGAGACAUUAUCGGUGUUAGGCCCGCAGGAGCUUCUGUUGGACAAUAAUACAGUGACAGAGCUGAUGCCGGCGGCCCUGACCUACAAUAACACGCUGUCCUUGAGGAUCGACGGGCUAAAACUGAAUAGGUCGUGCUCCUGCGAGCUCACUGACGAGUGGAACAGUAUGCUAGUCGAACACGGCGGCACCAUCUCAUGCUGGUAUUCCUUGGAAGACCAUUUCGUGUCGCUACCGACCUUCAUCAUCAGCCGGUGCGGGGAGUUUAAACAGACUUUUUGGAUCUAUGUAAUGAUAAUUUUCGUAACGGUGAUAGUCAUAGCGACCGCUAUAACGAUAUGGUGGAUAAGGCGGCAGAACGAGAGGAAGAAGAAUAAGGUGCAGAUAGUGAUGCCGGACGGCAAGACGUACCGGGAGACAGAAAUUUAUAUAAUGGAGCGAGCGGAGCUUCUCACUACGGAUUUAUGAGGCCUUGAGGUCUUCUGAUACAUCUGCAUGUUACAAGAAAUCUAAAACCUAUGUACGAAGUAUAAGGGUGGCUUCGGAACUACCUCAUCGGCUGGUCAGGACACUGACACAAAAGCAAAGGCCUUGCAGACUGACUGCUGUUGACUUCACUUCCAAUAGAAAGCGCAAGGUCCACAAAGACCUUAUAAAUAAAUCAGUAUUACACCGCACGGUUCUGUAGGAGCGGCCUGCGUUGUUUCGUUACCUUGUUAAAUUAUUUUUUAUGAAGUACAAUAAAGUGUUUUAAACAUAAA